AUGCCGAUUGUAAACAUUUGCGAUUACUCCACUGCUGUGGAUGCAAUGGUUAAAAAAGGCUCAACGUUCGCCGAUCGAACUAUAUUUUAUAUGUUCAGGCUGACGAGAAAAAAUCGUGGAAUCAUCGCAACAAAUGGAACUCCUUGGGUGGAACAGCGUCGCUUUGCACUGCAUACACUUCGAAAUUUCGGUCUCGGAAGAAACAUAAUCGAAGAGAGAAUUAUGUUCGAAUUUGAGAUCGCAUGUGAAGAACUGGACAAGCGCUUGAAGACAGAGGGAAGAUCCAUAAAUGCUCAUGAAAAUCUCGAGUUGUUGAUAGGAAACAUCAUUAACAGAAUGCUAUUCACGGAGAGAUUCGAGAAGAAAGAGGCAGAGAGAUUCUUCUUUCUGAAGAAGAGGUUGGAUGACACGAUGGAAAACGCCUCACUAUUCGACAUGCUUGUUGAAGAAUGGAAUGUGAAUUGGCCGUUGAUCAGAUCGAGGACAGACCGUCUGUUGGAGCCGUUCUAUACCGUCAUGGAUUUCAUACGUAAUCAAAUUGAGCAAAGGAAACGUGAAAUAGCCAACGGAACUCACGUCCUGCAAGGCGAAGGCGACGAUUUUGUUGAUGCUUUUCUGGUUCAAAUGAAGAAAGAUAAGGAAAGCGAUGAAAUGCUGGUCAUGUCACUGCUCGACCUGUGGAUAGCUGGGCAAGAAACUACAAUUACAACAUUGGAAUGGGCUUUUUCCUUCCUGCUUCUCCAUCCGCAUGUGAAAGGGAAAGUGGAGGCAGAACUACUUUCCCUCACAAAAGGUCGACGCUUGCUCUCAAUCGCGGAUAGGCCAAACACUCCGUACUACAACGCCACACUGACGGAAAUCCACAGAUGUGCAUCAAUACUUCCGAUGAAUCUGUGGCGAAACACAUCUGAAGACACUGCUGUUGGAUCCUAUGUGAUUCCUAAAGGAACCACCAUUACUGCUCAGAUCUCUGUCAUUAUGACUGAUGAAAAAUACUUCAAAAACCGGAACGAGUUCAACCCCGAUCGUUAUCUAAAUGGUAACAAGCUGGAUCAAAAGGUUGUUCCAUUCGGUCUGGGAAAGAGGUCAUGUCUCGGAGAGUCGCUCGCUCAAGCGGAAUUAUAUCUGGAAAUUCACAGAUGUACUCUACUGGUGCUGAUGAAUCUGUGGCGAAACACAUCUGAAGAUACUGUCGUCGGAUCCUAUGUGAUUCCUAAAGGAACCACUAUCACAGAUCUCUCUGAUCAUGACUGA